AUGUACAAAAUAUAGGAUUGGAAUAUAUUUAUAAAUAUUAAAAGAUACGAUCAAAUAAUUAAAAUAGAACACUAUUAAAUUGGAAGAUAUUUAGGAAUAUUUGAAAGAAUUCAUAAAGAUGAUGUGAUGUAAUUAUAGAUUUCUUAUGUAAAGCGAAAAUAGUGGAUUAAACCAAAAUUGUCUGAAGUAUGGUAAAUGGAUGGAUUAUUAUGAAAUUUACAGAGAACAAAAUGGUAGCAAAAUUGAAAAUGGAAAACUAUUUUAAAAAAUUUAAUUAAGUAAUGUUAUCUUACUAAUUUUUAAAGUAAUGAAGAAAUUUACAAUGAAAGAGGAUUAAGCAUGAAAUUUUGGUUGAUAUAUCGUCAAAUUUUAGACGGUAAAUAAUGGUUAUUAUUAUUUAGUGAUUCAUAAGUUACAUUUAGGAACAUAAAAUUGGAUUAUGGGAUAUAAUUUUUCAAUAAAAUAAUUAUGUAAUAUAUUUAUUUAUUUUUAGUACUAUGGAUAGAAUUGAGCUAUACAUUUUAAGAGUAUAAUCUAAUUUUAUAAUUAGUAUGAAUCAAUAAUUAAUAUCUGGAAUUUAUGAUAAAGUCAAAAAAAUAGGAAAAUGGAUUGAAACAAAAAAUUAAGCAUAGGCUUCCAUAUUACUAAAAUAUAAAUUUAUUUCUAAUAAUUUCAAUUCCCAGAUUUUCCAAGAUCUAAAUAGGUGA